CCCAAAUGGGCCGCCCACGCUCCCACUGGGACAAGUCCACUUCCCCGAAACGGCACCAGCGGUUAGCCUCGCCGCCGACAGACGGGCCCCGCGGCGGCCGGAUUUUGACCUCCCUGCCGGAAAACGCCAAGGACGACCGGCCCCCGACAGUAAACAGUAACCGAUGGUGGUACAGUAACAAAACCCGGCAACGACGACGCACGCAGAGGCAUCACCGCAAUAACAACGACGACGCCAUCGGCACCAACCACCACCACAGAGGGCAGGAACGAACCUCUCGCCAUUCCGCCGACGACCUCGCGCGCGCGACGCGGCCCUCCCUCCCUCCAUCCCCGGUGGAUCUGACCCCGCUCCUCUCCCGACCGGCCGCGCGAGCGAUCCCUCGCGGCGCCGCCUCGCCUCGCCGGCCGGUCAAUGCGCGCGGGGCGAUGAGCGGGGCCGAGGAGGAGGAGGACGAGGAGGAGGUGUUCUACGAGUCGCGGGACCGCGUCCUCUCCUCCUCCGGCUCCUCCACCUCCGCCUCGGACGACGACGGCGACGACCGCCCGCACCGCCGCCGCCAUCCCGCGGCGGCGCCGGCGCUCGACGUGUGGACGUCCGAGCCGGCGCCAGUGCAGGAGCGCCGCAGGAGGCUGCUGCACAUGAUGGGGCUCCACGGGGACCCCUCCUCCCUCGCGCGCCUCGAGAUGGGCCGAUCGGCCUCCUACGACGGGCCCGUCCGCCCGCCACCGGCCGCGCUCUCCCCCAUGUCCCGAUCCAGAUCGGACGGCGCGGCCGCCAAGCCGCCGCUCGGGUCCCGCUCGCGCCGUGCUUCCUCCGCCUCCUCCGAGGCGGCGGACCCCAGGUGCCUCAUCCGGAACCUCGACGACGGAACCGAGUUCAUCCUCGACGACGGGCUCGAGCUCCGCGAGGUCGGCACGGGGCGGCAGCUCACCAUGGAGCAGUUCGACCGCUGCGUCGGCCGCUCCCCCAUCGUGCAGGAGCUCAUGCGCCGCCAGAGCAUCGAGACCUCCCCGUCCACCCCCAUCCAGAGGUCCAGCUCCGACUCCAGCACCGGCACCGCGCGCCGUCGCCGGCGCAGCAGCUGGCUCCGUUCCAUCCGCGACGUCGUGUCCAGCCCCCGUGCCCGCGACGACAAGGACGGGCGCCGGUCCAGCUCCGCCACGGACGACAGCGCCAAUGGCCCGGAGCCCGUCAAGGUGCGCCAGUCCGGGAAGGCCUACAAGGAGCUCAGCGGGCUGUUCAUCAACCAGGAGAUACCGGCGCACGACGGCUCUAUCUGGACCAUCGAGUUCACCAACGACGGGCGCUACCUCGCGAGCGCUGGGGAGGACUGCGUGAUCCAUGUAUGGGAGGUGCUGCAGUACGAGAGGAGACGGGAGGAGAAUGGGGCGUGCAAUCCGGUGGUUGCAGUUAUGUGCAAUGGUUCGCCGGAGCUGACAUUGGCGUUGGCCACGACGGAUGGGAGCCACUGGGAUAAGAAAUACCGGGCAAGGGUCUCGCAGGGUCGGAAAUCCGUGAGCUCCGAGCGCUUGAUGGUGCCCGAGCAUGUGUUUGGGCUGUCGGAGAAACCGGUCAAAACCUUUGAGGGCCAUUCAGAGGAUGUGCUAGAUCUCUGCUGGUCCAAGUCGCAGUACUUACUUUCAUCUUCAAUGGAUAAAACAGUGAAGUUAUGGCACAUGUCAAGCAUUUCAUGUUUAAAAACGUUCUCACACUGUGACUAUGUGACAUGCAUCCAGUUCAACCCUGUCGAUGAUAGAUACUUCAUUAGUGGUUCCCUGGAUGAAAAGGUUCGCAUAUGGAGUGUUCCAAAACGUGAAAUUGUUGAUUGGCAUGAUCUGCAUGAAAUGGUCACUGCCGUUUGCUAUACCCCUGAUGGACAGUGUGCUCUAGUUGGUUCCCACAAGGGCAGCUGUCAUAUUUAUGACACUUCGGAUAGCAAGCUUCUCCAAAAGAAACAAAUUGACCUGCAAACUAAGAAAAAGAAGUCCAGCCAGAAGAAGAUCACUGGAUUUCAGUUCCUCCCAGGGAGUUCUUCGAAGGUGCUCAUCACAUCUGCUGAUUCACGGAUCCGAGUGGUUGAUGGCUUUGAACUAGUUCACAAGUUUAAAGGUUUCCGUAACACCAACAGCCAAAUCUCAGCUUGCUUAGCUGCGAAAGGGAGGUAUGUGAUCUCAGCAAGCGAAGACUCCCAUGUGUACAUGUGGAGAAAUGAUGACAGCUCUGAGCAUAGAAGAAGCAAGGGCACUGUUUCUGUCACAAAUUCCUACGAACACUUCUACUGCCAGGAUGUGACGGUGGCUGUUGUGUUGCCAUCUACCGCCGGAUCAACAGUAACGUCCAGAACCAACUCCAGGAAGCACGAGGACCUGGAUUGUGUGCCCGAGUAUCCUGACAGACCGCGAGAUUCCUCUGAUUUCCAGCAACAACAGAGCGUCAAUGACCUAAGCACCGGAUCAAAUCAUAGCGGUGACAGGGCAUCUGCAACUUGGCCUGAGGAGCUCAUGACACCAACGAAACAGAGCCCUCGAUCCAGCAGUACCAGCAUCCCCAACGGUGCUGGGCAAGCUCCAAGCCGAUCAGCCUGGGGCAUGGGGAUCGUCACGGCAGGCCGUGGAGGUCAGAUCAGGAUACUUCAGAAUUUUGGGUUUCCCGUCAGAGUAUAGUUAGCCGGCCCUGCAGGGGUAAAUUUUGUGUAUAAAUAGGUGGAGAUGUGGUUUGAUUUGCUGAAUGGCCUUGAGUCCCGUGAGAUUGGACUUGGCUGCUCCAUAGGUGUGCUGUGUGCAUGCUCGGGAAUUUCGACUAACCUACGACGACCUGGCACUCGAGGUAUCAGUAGUUCGUUUGCCCAAAAUUGUACAUGAGAGUGGAGAAAUGCUGAGGCUGGCCCUGACUGGAGAGAAAUUCCGCACACAACAAUCUUUAUCUGUAUUCGGCUCUAGCCAGCUUUAGCUUUUCUCUUCAUUUUUUUAUCAUCUUGUUUCCCCCCUUCUGACAUGAUCUUGUAAGAAAAAAAUCUCAGUUGUAUACAGCUAGAAAAGCAGGAAAGAGGUUCGGAGUGUUGAAUUUGUUA